AUGAAGCUGAACUUCAAGCGGUGCAAUUAUGAUGACUGCGUGUAUAUUUUGCAUCGUGACAAUGAAGUUAUGUAUCUUCUUCUAUACGUGGAUGAUAUUCUGAUUGCCAGCAGUGACAUGAGCAUGAUUCAUGAGAUGAAAGCAAAAUUAGGUGGUGCUUUCGAAAUGAAGGAGCUCGAAGAAGCAAGGAGGAUUUUGGGCAUUAACAUUAAGAGAGAUAAUUUGAAGGGAAAUUUGUUUUUAUCUCAAAAGAGUUACUUACAGAAGGUGAUUUCAAGGUAUCGGAUGGUUGAAUCCAAACCAGCUGACACACCGAUCGGUCAACACUUGAAAUUCACCAAAGAGCAAUGCCCGAAGACCGAGGCUGAAAGGAGGAAAAUGAAAUCUAUUCCAUUUUCAAGUGGGAUUGGGAGCAUCAUGUAUGGUAUGGUCUGCACUAGACCUGACCUAGCACAUGGGAUGAAGGUUCUUCUUGGAUCCCAAGAUGUAUGGAACAUCGUGGAGGACGAGUACAAUGAACCCGAAGAUGAUAAGCAUCAGACAGUGGACCAGAUUGCUGCAUUGAAAAAGGCACGAGUGAAAGAUAGACCGGCUUUGUACUUUCUGUAUAAUGCAGUGGAUGAAUAUGGAUUCGAGAAAAUAAUUAAUGCAAAGUCAGCAAAAGAAGCAUGGGAAAUUUUGAAGGUGGCAUAUAAAGGAGAUACCCGCGUGAAGCAGGUCCGAGUACAAGCUCUUAGAAGAGAGUUUGAACAAAUGGAGAUGAAUAAAAAUGAGGGAGUUACCGAGUUUAUAACUCGAGUGCAGAAGAUGGCCAACCAACUCAGAAUGAAUGGGAAGAGAGCUGAGAUCUUGGCGGCGGAUGACGAGGAGGUCGAGGACGAGGUGGACAUGGCCGAGGUUGGCCAUAUUGCAAAGUAUUGCAAGACCGAGACAAACGGGGAGACGAAUCUUAUUACUGAAGAUGCGGAAGAAGAGUGUGGAAUUUUGUUGAUGGCAAAGAGCUCGGAUAUGGUGGACAUGAAGAGCCCAAUCCCAACAGUGGAUGAAGUGAUCUUGGUAAAUGAUGCAACAAUUGUGAAGAAGGAAAACCUAGAGAAAGAACUUAAACAAAAAGAUGAAGAGAUUCAGCGGAUAGGAAGGCUUCUAGAUGAAGCUAAUGAAAUUAUGAAUAAACAAAGGGUUGAGAUUGAGGAGCUGAAGAAGGAGGCUCUUGAAAAAGAAGAGAAAGCAUAUAAUGUUCUUGAACCAAACGAAGAGGAAGAUGAAGAUGUUGAGAAGAACCCGAUGAAGAUGUCGGCCAAGGUUGAGAAAUCGCCUAAGGUUAGAAACGAGUUAGUCAAGGUUGUUGAGAAGUCGGACAUAACAAAGUCAGUCAAAGCAUUAAAGAGGUCAACCAAGUCAAAAGACAGGAGGACAAUAAGGAAAAAGAAGAACUUAAAUUUGACUGAAAGAAGCCAACCCGGUGUGGGAUGA